AUGGGGCUGGCGGAAGCUUCUGAACCAAAGGAUACACAGACACUGCUGUCUGCUAGCCAGAUGGAGCUACACAAGCGAGACUAUCACGUGGAAAGACCCUUGCUGAACCAGGAGCAGCUAGAGACACUGGGACACAGGAGCUCAGCACCUAAGACCCGCCAGUGGCAAACUUGGUUUCAAUGCUCUCGAUCUCGCGCCCAUGCCUUUUUGCUCCAACAUCUUCCAGUCUUAGCUUGGUUACCCCGCUAUCGGGUGCGUGACUGGCUCUUGGGUGAUCUCUUAUCUGGCUUGAGUGUGGCCAUCAUGCAACUCCCACAGGGCUUGGCAUAUGCCCUCCUGGCUGGAUUGCCCCCUGUGUAUGGCCUCUACAGUUCCUUCUACCCCGUCUUCAUCUACUUCCUCUUUGGAACUUCCAGACAUAUCUCUGUGGGGACCUUUGCUGUCAUGUCUGUCAUGGUGGGGAGUGUAACAGAAUCUCUGGUUCCGGAUAAUGGCUUCGCAAACGGGACAGAGAGUGAGACUCGUGUGCAGAUCGCCUCUACACUGAGUGUCCUGGUCGGCCUCUUCCAGGUGGGGCUUGGCCUGGUCCACUUUGGUUUCGUGGUCACCUACCUGUCGGAGCCUCUGGUCCGCAGCUAUACCACGGCUGCAUCUGUGCAAGUGUUCAUCUCCCAGCUCAAGUAUGUGUUUGGCAUCUCUCUGACCAGUCGCUCUGGGCCACUGUCCCUCAUCUAUAUGCUGCUAGAGAUCUGCUCAAAACUGCCAGAGACCGUGGUCGGCACGGUGAUCACCGCAUUGGUGGCUGGAGUGGUGCUUGUGUUGGUGAAACUAUUGAAUGACAAACUGCAGCGGUAUCUGCCCCUGCCCAUACCUGGAGAGUUGCUCACGCUCAUUGGGGCUACAGGCAUCUCUUAUGGUGUGGAACUAAAGAAAAGAUAUGGGGUGGAUGUUGUGGGCAAUAUUCCUGCAAGGCUGUUACCUCCAGAAGCCCCCAAGCCUGAGCUGUUUGCACAGCUGGUGGGGAACGCCUUUGCUAUUGCUGUAGUUGGAUUCGCCAUUGCCAUCUCUCUAGGGAAGAUCUUCGCCCUGAGGCAUGGUUACCGCGUGGAUAGCAACCAGGAGCUGGUGGCUUUGGGCCUCAGUAACUUCAUUGGGGGAUUCUUCCAGUGUUUUCCCGUGAGUUGCUCUAUGUCUCGGAGCCUGGUCCAGGAGAGCACUGGAGGCAACACACAGGUUGCAGGGGCUGUAUCUUCCCUUUUCAUCCUCCUCAUCAUCCUCAAACUUGGGGAGCUCUUCAAAGACCUGCCCAAGGCAGUCCUGGCAGCUACCAUCAUUGUCAACCUAAAAGGCAUGAUGAUGCAGUUUUCUGACAUAUGCCGGCUCUGGAAGACGAAUCGAAUGGAUCUGCUCAUCUGGCUGGUGACCUUUGUGGCUACCAUUCUGCUGAAUCUGGACAUUGGCCUGGCGGUUGCAAUAGGCUUCUCUCUGCUGCUUGUGGUGGUCCGGACCCAGCUGCCUCACUACUCUAUCCUGGGGCAACUUCCAGACACGGAUGUUUACAGAGACGUGACAGAGUACUCCGAGGCCAAGGAGGUCCCAGGUGUGAAGGUCUUCCGCUCCUCAGCCACCAUGUACUUUGCCAAUGCAGAGCUCUAUGGCGAUGCCCUGAAGAAGAAGUGUGGUGUGGAUGUGGACCAUCUCAUCGCUCAGAAGAAGAAGUUGCUGAAGAAGCAGGAGAAGAAGUUAAAACAACAGCAGAAAGAUCAGAAGUCUCAGAAAAAGGCUUCCCAUUCCAAAGGCACGUCGGUUUCCAUCAAUGUUGACACCAGCCUUGGAGAUAUAAAGAACAAUGAUGUAGAAGGCUCCAGAGUCAAGGUGAACACAGGGGACGAGAUAGAAGAUCCAACAGUCAACGAUCAAGAAGCUAGCAAGACCCCCAAUGUGCCCACACUGAAGUCCCUAGGUCUGCCUCAGCCAGACUUCCACACUCUUAUCCUGGACCUGGGCACACUCUCUUUCGUAGACACUGUGUGCAUCAAGAACUUAAAGAAUAUUUUUCGUGACUUCCGGGAUUUGGAGGUGGAGGUGUACCUUGCGGCCUGCAACAGUCCCGUGGUGGCCCAGCUUGAGGCUGGGCAAUUCUUUGAUGCUUCCAUCACAAAACAGCAUAUCUUCGUUUCCGUCCAUGAUGCUGUGACUUUUGCCCUUCAACACACCAAACCUGAUUCCCUCACUUGCACUUUGGCCACCAAACUCUGAACAUGCUGCUACCCAGCCCACCACUGCCUACCUCGGGAAAUUGGAACUGGUCAUUGGUGAGAAACUCUCCUGCCUCUUGGCCAGGUCUAGGUGCCACCCAGAAGAAUCCUCCAUGAACAAAAACGUCAUAACUCAGGGACAGAGAGCCUGGAAUUCUGCAAUCACUGCUGCAGGCCUGAGACAGGGCGCUGAAGUCAAGCCGGUCUUGGCUGGAUUACAGGGAGGAAGCAGUGUCUAUUUUCAGCACCAGAAAUAAAGACUUGUGUACAUAA